AAUAUCUCGCGGACCUCUCAAGGUCCCAUUUGGGUGGUUCGUGAAAACAACCGAGUAUAAAAAAGUAGAGAAAAAACAAAAAAAAAAAAAAAGAAAAAACGUCGAGGGUCGCUGUUCCCGAAGAACUCGAAGAUAUCUGAUCGGACGAUUAAAAAAGAAAAAUCACGUGCGACUUAUCGAAGGUUUAAUGCGGUAAACGAAAUAAUCGAGGUGUCAAUUCGAUCCCCCGUUACAGAGACGAGGACAAGAGUAAGAAAAAACACACAGUGAAUGGUGGGAUAUUCGAGUGUUCGGUGCAACAAUCGAAAUGUUCAAGAUUAGCAAAUGGCUCGUGAUCCUCUUUGUCGCUGCAGCUUGCACAUGCGGAGCACGCACCGAAUGCGACGGCCGGGCUCAGGUGUCGCUUUUAACCGGAAUCCACGAGGAUGCGGCCUGCAAACGUGUUUCAAGCCGUGGCGUGCUUCUCUAUGAAGCUUCGAAACUCCUCCUGGAACAGUACAACAGUAAAACGAGCGGCUUUAAGCUUGAACUUGCGGUUGUCGACACCUGCGGCAGCGUUGGUGGAGCUUUGAAAGCCGCUAUAAAAGCCCUGGUCUCUGCCGAUCUCAGCUGUCUUCAGCCACCGCAUUACCUAGGCAUCAUAGGACCGGAUAAUCCGACGUAUGCCGAAGCCGUUCAGAAGGUAACUUCCGUUCUCCGGGUCCCGCAUUUGGUUAGAAGACCGUCGAAUUCCGCAUUCCUUCACCAUUUGGCAAUGGAAAACAAUUCUCACGUCGUUCAGGGGGUCCUAGAGGUGGUGGAAAGACUAAAGUGGAAAUCGUUCACGCUGGUCACGUCAGGUGACAAAAGCGAAGACGACGCCCGGAAUAUCGCGAAGAAAUUGACGGCCGAAGCGAUAUCGAGAGAAUUGUGCGUGAUAAUUUACGACAACGAGGACGGAGACUUCACCACGAACGUGAUCCACGUCGGAAGACCGGACGAUGACUUUUUCGCCGGUCCGACAAACGCUACGGUGAUCGUUGUCAGCGAAGGAAGAUUGGAGAAUCGUUUAAGCCGCGUGAAUUCGACUAACACGAUAAUACUGGUGGAGGACGACAGAAACGAAACGACCGAGUUGCAGACCAUGGUCGAAAAGUCCAAGUGGUGGAACGGCGACGGGACGGGAAAAUUUGACCCUGAUGACAUGACGGAGGUCCGCUGGCUUCAGGACGCUAUCGACGUUUACGGAACGGCUUUGGACUCGAUUUGCAAGAAGAAGAAGUGCAAGUCCCAGGUGAACUCUGCGGACUGGAUGGAGAUGAUAUCGAAGGUUCUGGCAUCUCGUAACGCGGAGACGGUUUCGGAACCUCGGGGUUUCAAGUUGUUGGUUAAGAUUCGCGACGGAGGUUUGAAGACCUUGGGUAAAAUCAACGUCAAGCGUAACGUCGCGAGGAUAUCGUGGGGCGUUAAAGACGGGGCAAAAGGCCAAGGAAAGGUCGAAGAGAAGCGGAAAGGUAAGGGGACGAAUGAGGAAACGGAAGAUGACGAAGACGAGGAAGAGGAGCAGGAUACGCCGGAUGAGAUUGAGAAAAUUGCUGAAAAGGCGAAGAAAAAACAGAUCGCGAACCUCGACUGCGCGUCCAACCUUCACGAGGCCAAACUGACCGAAGAUGAGGAGGACCACGCUACCCAAAUCGUGGUUGCCGAAAUGGACGACACGGAGUGGUGGACGAUGGUGGGAACGGUGAGCGGAGUCGGAGUGGCGAUGUUCGUAAUCGGAAUCCUUGCUGUCUACAUAGUUUACACGAACAUUCGAGGUCCGCGAAGUCCGAAGGGUCAGACGACGUCAAGUCGGAGAUACAGCCUCGAGGGUGACUCGACCUUACGAAGGGUUGGCAGCGACAACGAGAUGCCGGUUUCCGGUGGCGGACGGAACCAGAGGCAACCGCAACGUGCCCAGAAUUCCACACACCGAAGAGACAGCAUCCGAAGCAGCAUAUCCGACAGAAGUGUCUGAGUCCAGCUGGCGUUAUUUAUUUAUUUGUCAAAUUAUCGUUGAUUAUAUUCUCAAGUGUACACCGUUACGCUAUCAAAUUUUUAUCCCCGUGUUUAUCUUCGUCAAACAGCUACAGCGUAUUAAUCAGUUGUUGAGAGUGCAUUAAUUGCCGUCGUGCAGGAUGCGGAACAACUCGGACUGAUAAUCAUCUUGUACAUUGACCCGUGACCCUUAUCGUUUUAUGAUGUUCAACCGUUAAGUCAAAUGGCUUUAUCUUACGGGUUUUUUUCCGACAGAUUUAUAAAUAUUUUUUCCAAAGAUUUUCAUCCCUGAAUGUAUAACGAAUUUUUCAAACUUUCUACCGUAUCGCAACUAUUUUGGGUUACAUUGCGACACUGUUAUUGGUUACUUGAAUCGAUCCUUAAUUCUGUUAUCUGCAGUUUAUUUAUUCGCCUGUUUGUUACAUUUGUUGCGAUUUUUAAGCUGUAUCUGGUGAAAAUCGACGAUACGUAAAUCAUUUUUUAUAAUUAUUCGGCAAAGUAUUGAUAAAACGAAACGUAGAAAAAAAAAGACAGAACAAUGCAUAUUAAUGAUUGCACUGGAGAUCACGUCUGUCCGCAAGCUCGAUCUCUAUAGCUAUUAUAGACGCUAUGCACUGGAUUGAAAUUCGCCUAGAAAUGUUAGAAAUAAUGAAUAAAGAAAAAAGGAAAAUACAAUCACCAGUUUGGAAAUAAAAUAUUUUACAACGUUAA